GCCGGAGCCAAUGGCCGGGCCCCGACACUUGCAUAAGGCGGGCUCCAGAAAAGAAUUUUAGCAUUUUUUUUCUCUUCACUUUUUCCAGUGAGGCCCAGCAGCAUAUCGCGGAUAAUCGAAUUCCCCCGCAGCGGUACACAAUAGAUUUGUUUUGUCAUUUGUUUCGCCUCAAUCCAAUUAAUAGCGAUCAUCUUAUUUUUGUACCACCCAAGAAAAACAAAGAACCACCAGCCAUGUCUCCCUCCAAGGCUGUUGCUGUCGUUGGCAGCGCCGAGCUGGUUGUAAUCAACCCUGAUCAGACCAUCAAGGCUUCCAAGGCCCUCCUCUCCCACAUCAAGAAGGCCGCCGCUGAGCAAACCGAGGAAAGCGGCAAGAAGAACCUCCUCGGCGACGACGACGAUGCCGCCGAGACGCCUGUUUGGCUAAACGUCACCACCAAGCGCCACAUCACCGACAAGGCACGCCUGCAGCCCGGCAAGAUUGCUCUGCCUCACCCUCUGCUCAGCGCCGAAACCGAGCAGCUGUCCAUCUGCCUCAUCACCGCCGACCCCCAGCGCGCCUACAAGAACAUUGUCGAUGCCGAAGAGUUCCCCGCCGACCUGCGCAGCAAGAUUGGCCGUGUCAUUGACGUGACCAAGCUCAAGGCCAAGUUCUCCCAGUACGAGGCCCAGCGCAAGCUGUACGCCGAGCACGACGUCUUCCUUGCCGACGACCGCAUCAUCAACAGACUGCCCAAGAUCCUCGGCAAGACCUUCUACAAGACUACCCAGAAGCGCCCCAUCCCCGUCAUCUUCCAGACCAAGGCGCCCAAGGUCGACGGCAAGCGCAAGCGCACCAAGACCGAGGGCGAGGUCAACGCCGCCAGCCCCGAGAAGAUUGCCAAGGAGAUCACCAAGGCCAUUGGCUCCGCCCUCGUCAGCCUUUCGCCCACCGCCAACAUUGCCAUUCGCAUUGGUUUCGCCAACUGGACCGCCGACCAGAUCGCUGAGAACGUCGAGGCUGUCUCCAACGCCCUCGUCGAGAAGUGGGUGCCCCAGAAGUGGCGUGGCGUCAAGAGCAUUCACAUCAAGGGUCCCCAGACCGUGGCCCUGCCCAUCUGGAUGACCGACGAGCUCUGGGUCGACGACAAGGACGUCAUUGCCAACGAGGACGGCCCUACCACAAAGGCCAACAUUGGCAAGAAGCGCAAGUCUACUGGCGAUAAGGAGGAGCCUGCUGCUGAGUCUCCUGCUCCCAAGAAGGCCAAGAAGGCUGCUGCCGCUGAUAACAAGGCCAAGCCUGCCGGUAACGACGACAAGCUCGACCAGCAGAUUGCUGAGCGUAAGAGCAAGCUGCGAAGCGCCAAGGCCAAAUCUCGCAAGUCUAUGGAUGCGUAAUUGUGAAUGGGAAGGAAAGAAAGUUGCAUUUCAAUAGGUUUCAUACCACCUGUACAUGCCAUAAGAUGAUUUUCUGGCACAUUGGCGUUUUACGGCGUUUUGGGCAUGCUUUGUCACGAGUGUUAGAUAGAUAUUCACGACUAGAAAAAGUGUUACAUUUGCAAACUAUCCGUUAUCCAAUAUUCAUAUAUCAUGCAUGUCCCAUAAAUGUACAAUCUUGAUUUACAGCUCGUCGACUAUAUCGUCCUCGGAAACAGCGGGCUCUUGAGCGUCAAACUGACGGUUCAUAGGGCCAAAGUAGCUCUUGAUAGCAUCUCGCAGCGUCUCCUCGCCAAUACGCAUGUGCUCGCCCACAAUCGACUUGAACACCAGAGCGCCCUUUUGAUCAAGCUCGCGGAGGCCGAUCCAGUCUUCUCUGUAAAUAUUGCGCUUGCGCAGAACCACUCUCUCUCCAUCCACAAUCUCAUCAAACCACGACGACUCCUUGGGAAUCACUACAGUGUCGUUGGCAAACUGGUACAUGACAAACUUUGUCAGACCAGCAAGGUUCUUCUUGUACUGGGCAUUCUUGUCCUUGCGCUCGUUGUUAAUAUCAGCCAGGAAGCUUGAGGACUCGAGAUAUGAGUUGUAGUCCUCGGUAGGGCGGUAGUACUGUGCUGGAACAAUACUGCUCUGCGCAUAACUUCCCCAAACAUUGUACCGCAGCACAGCCAUGGCGCCCUUGCAGAGAAAGUCGGAGGGGGCGCAGUCCUUGAACUCGGUAAUGCCGUUGUGCUGGCUACCAAAUGUUACCAAGCUGCGAACAGGGGGUUUAUUGCAUCGCUCGAUGUAGCCGCGAAGAAAUUGUCCGCCUUGGGAGAAGCCGAUGGCGUCGACAGCGGGUGCAGUAGAGAGAAUAGGAUGGGCGGCUAGCGUCUCGCAGACUCGGCUGACUUGAUCUGACACGUUGCCAAAGAAGGUCUCUGAGCGGUCGGAACUCGCACCAUCUUUGGAUAGGUUGAUCGGAUAGAAGAAGGUGCCGGGGUUGAUUUCGUCAGCAAGCUCGCCAACUUGAAGGACGCCUUCGCCAGUCGCAUCGUCUCCGAGACCGUGCCACAGGAUGACGGGAAGAGGAGUGUCAUCGUUGUCGUCGUGCGAAGCUGCAAGAGCAACUGCAGCAGCGCCCAAAAUUAGUUGGAGCUUCAUCUUUGCGGUGUGUCGAUGGUUGUGCUUUGUUGUUGUUUGAGG